GAUGAGCAAAACGGUACCGUGUUUGUUUCCUAAUUUUGAACUGCCUUGUUGCUUCAACUCAAGCACUUUCCCUCUCGCCAUUCUUGUGUUUUGACCCACCAAAACUAUGAUUUCACGUUCAGUUUUUGCUGCUUCUAAGAAACUUCAUCAAUCAAUCUUUCGUAAACCAACUCUUCAUCUUCUUCCUUCUUCUUUUUCUUCUUUCUCUUCAACACCACAUCAAGAUUCUCACAAUCUCUACAAACUCAACCACAAAGACUGGUUAUCACCAAACGAAGUCUUGAAAAUUUUCUCCAAUCUCAAAGAACCCACCUCCAUAAUCUCAGUCCUAAACCAGUACUCUCAGAGAAAAGACUAUAAACCCAAUGAAGCUCUUUUCACUCUCGUCAUCAACCACCUCGCUCAAGCCAAAAGCUUUGAUGCCAUUGAACACAUUAUGCAAAGAAUCAAAGUUGAACGCAGCUGUCGUUUAUCCGAUGAGUUUUUCUAUAAUGUCGUCAAGAUUUAUGGGAAUCAAGCUGGGAGAAUUAAGAAAGCUAUUGACACCCUAUUUGACAUGCCAAAUGGUUAUAAGUGUUGGCCGAGUGUUAAAACUUUUAAUUUUGUGCUGAAUUUGCUUGUUGCAAACAAACUGUUUGAUGAAAUUCAUGAGAUUUAUUUGAGUGCAAAUAGGCUUGGUAUUGAGAUUGAUGAAUGUUGUCUUAAUAUUCUUGUUAAAGGGUUGUGUGAAAAUGGGAAUUUGGAGGCCGCGUUUUAUGUGCUUGAUGAAUUUCCUAAGCAGAAUUGUAGGCCGAAUGUGAGGACAUUUUCGACUUUGAUGCAUGGUUUAUGUGAGAAGGGGAAGCUUGAGGAGGCAUUUGGGUUGCUUGAAAGGAUGGAAAGAGAGGGAAUUGAUGCGGAUACGAUCACGUUUAACAUAUUGAUUUCGGGGCUUAGGAAGCAAGGCAAGGUUGAGGAGGGGAUGAAGCUUUUGGAGAGAAUGAAGGUUAAGGGGUGUUAUCCAAAUGCAGGCUCUUAUCAAGAGGUUUUGUAUGGAUUGCUUGAUAAGGAGAGGUUUAUGGAGGCGAAAGAAAUUUUGGGUCGAAUGAUUUGUGCGCAUAUGAGUCCUAGUUUUGUUUCAUACAAGAAGCUGAUUCAUGGACUUUGCAGUGAGAAGUUAGUGGAGGAUGUGGAUUUGGUUUUGAAGCAGAUGGUGCAACAAGGUUUUGUUCCGAGAAUGGGGAUGUGGAGGGCGAUUGUUCGAUGUGUGUUGUCAGGGAAUAAUGCUAAUAUUUGUCUAGAUGAAAUUGUUGAUAGCUAGGUGAUUGAGUUGAGUAGAUAUUUAUGGUUCUUGUUUUCUGUGGUCCUUGAAAGUGGACAGGAAAUGAUGUUGGUGGAAAAUCAAUGGUAUGCUGAAACAGGUUUGAAACUCGUCAACUGGAUUGGACUGAAUGGAGGAAGCUGAAGAUGCUUCAGCCUGUAUUAUUAUCUUCAAGUUGACACUUUUAGCCUGGAACUGACAUCACACAUUUAAACUGAUAAUUGUGAUCCUUUAACCGUUUAUUCAUCAAACAAAGAUUUCAAGCAGAGCUUCUGGCCUUGACUACCCAUUUCACAUUUUAGGCAUAGCUGGUGUAUUUGGCGGCUUCUUAUCCAGUACUAUGCAUGGUUCCUUGAUAACCUCUAGUUGGAUCAGGGAAACCACAGAAAACGAAUCCGCUAAUGAAGGUUAAUGAUUCAGUCAAGAGGAAGAAACUUAUAAUAUCGUAGCUGGUCAUGGUUAUUUUGGCUGAUUGAUCUUUCAAUACUGUAAUGUGCAUAUGUAUUCCUAGUUCUUAAUCUCGUUAUUGCUAAAUCAAUUUGAGGGAUCAGUUGCCCUUGGAUCUUUAUCCUGGUCUCUUGUAACCCCUGGCAAUGGUGGUGAUAUCAAAAGUCUACCUAUAUGUUCAAGCCAUAUUGUUGUUUAGGAUCUAAAACGAUUCUCGCAUAAACAAUUGUUUCUUUAAAUCCUGCUA